CCCACUGCAGGCCACAUUGCCUUUACCUGUCGUGUUUGUUGAUGUUGUAACCAGUUCGGUCCCACAGACCAUAGGAAAAGUUUUGGAAGAGACGAUGCGGCAGGAGGACUCCUCCCCAAUGGACAGUGCGGGGAACAGCGAGGAGGAGACCGAGCGUCAGCUGCCGCGGAGAGGCGCGAGGAAGCGGCGGGCGACGCGGAGGAGCGCGGACGACGAGGAGGAGGGAGACAUGGAGAGCCCGAGCCCGGGGAAGAAGAAAUGCAGAAAGAGCUGCGACGGAGGAGGCGGCAGCGCGGGGAGCGGCGGCAGUGAGGGUAGCAGCAGCCCCGAGCCCUCUUUCGAUGACCUGCAGACGCAGCGCGUGAUGGCCAACAUCCGCGAGCGGCAACGGACGCAGUCCCUCAACGAGGCAUUCACGUCGUUACGUAAGAUCAUUCCCACCCUCCCGUCGGACAAACUCAGCAAGAUCCAGACGCUGAAGCUCGCGGCCCGGUACAUCGACUUCCUGUGCCAAGUUCUGCAGAGCGACGAGCUGGACGCGCGAGGGACCAGCUGCAGCUACGUGGCGCACGAGCGCCUGAGCUACGCGUUCUCGGUCUGGAGGAUGGGGGGCGCGUGGUCCCUGUCUACUACGUCCCACUAGCAGGGCUGCUGUGGACGGUGCUGCACGAUUAUCCGGACUGAAGAAGGAGUGGAUCAGGCCGGCCCUACAGGUAGACUGAAACAGGCCAAACGCGGCAGAGGCCCAGCUGCCGUGCUUCAGGCCUCACAGGAGAGCGGGCUUUUCAUACUUCCCAUUGCACGGACUGUAAUGUUUGCAAGGAAGCACUUAGGACAGACAGGACGGAUAUGAAGAAAGAAAGACCACUGCGACUAUGAAUGUUGUAAAAACAAAAUGAGCUCCGAGGAACUCUGUUUUGAAACACGAGAGAAAAAUGACAGUUCAUUCCACAUUCCCUGUGACAAUGUUUCACAGCAAAUGAAGUAUAUUGUAUUUAUUUUUCUACACAUGUUCCAAAUUCCUUUCCCUCGCUCGAAUAAAAGCUAUUUAUUUUUGGGAUAUCUCAGAAUGCUGAACGGAUCUGCAGUCUGCAGAUUUUGAGUGUUGUAAAUAUUUG